GGGAAACUAAAACAAGUCAAUCAGCGUGUCAGCAGAUAUCAUCGCCUAUGCAAGAAAACAUUCAAGAUGACACGCAAAACAAUGGACAAGAAGUCACGCAAGAUUACAUACAAGAGGACAUACAACAUUCAUUCGACGAUACAUAUAAGAUCAUGCAAGAAAACACACAAAGGCAAAUGCAAAAGAAAGAUAAUGCAGAACAAUAUCGCCCUAAAAAUAUCCAAACACCAGAACCCAAAAAAACUCCAGUGUCAUCCGAUAAUUCGAGUGCUAUGACAGUAUCGACCCAUUAUGUUGCAACGCCGAUGACAUCUGAUGAAUCAACACUGUAUGUGUAUGUGUAUGCCAUCAACUGAUGAUUCGAAUUUUACUU